CUUGCUAGCAUCUUGGUAAGAUGAAAACCCAUAUGAGCAUCAGGCAUGGAUGACCUGACAAUUGACUUAACAGGCAAUAACUAGUGCGCCAGCUCUCGAACAAGUGACAGUUUAAGGUCAAGCCUGUCCUUGCAGAGCACGAGGAGAACCCACCAAACACAUCCACUGUUAACCGAUCCACUUGCCAACCUUUCUGGCGAAUACAAUGGCUUCCAGCUCGACCCAGCCAUGUACAGCAGGAAACGAUUCGAUUCUGACACCAGUCAUGACCUUGGAUGGACAUAAACCAUCUAUUAUUUCCUUGCCGGAUGGUAAACAUCACGAGUACAAAGGUGUUUCAUGCAUUUCCUAUUUUCCCGACGGCAAGCAAAUGAUCAGUGGAUCACGCGAUAGGACCAUUCGACGAUGGGACCUGCGGGAGGGUAAGGAGAUUGUGGAGGAACUGGAGGUCUGUGAGAAUCGUAUACGAGCAGUGGGGGUAUCAAGGGAUGGUCGAUGGAUUGUCACUGCUAGUGGCAGUGGGGAGCUCAAAGUCAGUGAGGUUGAGACGGGGAUCGUGAGAACAUUUCUUGAUGAAGGUCAUUUCGUUUGGAUCACCUGCAUCGAUAUCUCCCUGGACAGCACGCUGGUUGCGGGUGGGUCAAUUGAUUCUAAAGUGCGGAUAUGGAGCUUGGACACAGGAAAACUCGUGGCUGGUCCAUUCAAAUGUGAUGGUGAUAAUUCUGUCGACCUAGCACUUCGAUUCUCAAAAGACUCUCGGAAGCUAGCAGUGUUGUCACAUCUGGAGCAGCGCCUUCAGGUGUGGGAUGUCCAAGCACAGAAAUUGGAUGUACAAAGAUAUACUCUCCAAAAUGCGGUGUCAACUUUGCCGAUAUUUUGGACAACAAAAAACAAAUCCAUCGUAGCCGCAUUCAGCUUUACUGAUGGCUGGACCACGACGAUGUAUGAAUUUAACGCGUCGACCCUCAAGACUAUCGGAGCUCCUUUUAAAGCUACUUCUCCCAUCGAUAGUCUAGCACUCUCAUCUGAUUGUACUCUUCUCGCCAGCACUUCCCACGACCGCACGAUCAAGCUAUGGGCCUUCGAGUCCCGCCAGCUCCUUGCUUCAUUCGACGUUACAUCUCAGGCCAUCACCCUCGUCAUCUCGCCCGAUUCACGCCAACUGGCUUACACGUCCAAGGAUGACGCUAAGAUUCACGUAUGCAACAUUCCAGCCAACAUCCUCGCUAGCAUUGGGCUUGCAGAAGACCCGCAGUCUAGUACAAGUAAAUCUAAACAUCCACGCAAUGCUGUGAUGACAUCUAUGAUGUCUCAUCGCCCACCGAGACCAUGGCCUACAAGGGACCCACAUACUUUCCUUCACUUUCUACGCAGAAUACUCCUUCCCUCUUCUUCUCGUACAGACGCGGUUCGCACCGAUGAGCCUCGUAAUCCCCUGAAUCACCUAGGCGCGCAUUUCCGGUGGUUCGGUCCCGUCGCACCUUCGCCUGGUGUGGGUGCUGGAGUUGAGCAUCAUGCAUUCCAAGCGGGACCAAAUGGUUAUUACCCUCCUGCAGAAGCCGAUGUCACUAACGUUGGUCCAAACCCACCGCUGACUGAGGCUACUCCUCCCCCACAACGCCCAUCCGCGCCCCUCCCGUACCACCAACCUUUCCCAUCGAAUUCUUUUCCAGGAGGCGUGAACCCUUGUGCCCCACCAGCACCGCACCAAGGAUAUCUCCCCCCGAAUCAUGAGCCUGGGCUCCCAACGGCCUUUGCUCCUUUUUUGGUCCCUCAAGCACCAAAUUUGUCGGUCGGCCAAAAGCGCGUCGCGGAAGACCUCGAAGGACGCGACGACAAGCGAACUAAGAUAGCCUUCCGUAGGCUCAAGAGCGACCCGUUAUUUAAACUCAUGACAACAAAAAACAAAUCCAUCAUAACCGCAUUCAACUUCUACUGCACGCCGACAAUCAAUGAGUUUGACGCGUCGACCCUCAAGACUGUUGGACCUCCUUUCAAAGGGCACACAGGCCCCAUCGAGGAUCAGGGUCUAGCACUUUCAUCUGAUUCUGUGGGCCUUCGAGGCCGCCGGCUGCUCGCUUCAUUCGACGUGAAAAAUAUACUCUCCCUCGUGCUCUCACCCGAUUCACGCCAAGUGGCUUAUACGUCUACGGAUGACUUCAAGAUCUACAUAUGUGACAUUCCGGCCAAUAUCCUUGCUAGCAUUGGGCUUGCAGGGAAACUGCAGCCUGGUAAACGUUCACGUCGCGCUAGUCUACUCAACUCUAAUGCAACACGUCCUGCGUGCCGUAAACCAGUGGUAAUACCUGUCAUAUCUUCCAUCUCCCACUCACCAAGACCUCUGCCUACAAGUAACCCACAUACUUUCCUUCGUUUUGUGCGCAAACUCCUUUCCUCCUCUCCUCGUACGGAUGCGGUUUAUACCGAUGAGCCUCGUAAUCCCCUAGACUUCCCUGCUACAUCCCCCUUACCUCGCCCACUUAUAAAACCAGACGAGAACGUGAGUGCGAACUUUCAUCGUUGCAUAUUUGACUUACAUUCUUUCAGUCUCGAUCUACACCGGCACCACCCACCACUCAAUCCCCCCGCCGCCAAUACUUCCCCAACCUUCAAAUCUAGCUUACAUCGACUAUCCACUUGGUGGCCCUUUCAGACAGAUUAUGCAUCACCGGCGAUCGUCAAUGUUGCUCUCGCGCCGGGUAAACUGGGAUACGCUACAGCGGGUGCUCCCGCCGAUGAAGAUGACGUGAUACGUGACGAAGACUAUGUUUCUCCUCCUCCUUCUCCCAAUCCUGGCUCACGCCGAGGAAUUGUCAACGCCGGACAGCAUAGAAGCGGCCGGUUUUGUUGCUGCUUCUAACUGAUUUCGAACUCGUUCCCUGGUAUCUCGUAACUGUAAUUGUUACUCAUUGCAUGCGUCAUCCUCUCUACACUUGCGUGGAAUGUAUAAUCAUUAUACCCCCUGAA